GGCGGAAGCAGCAAAUCAGUGUUUCAAUUUACCCGUAUCUAACGAAUUAGGCAGUCACACGACAAAAGAAAGUGCAGAAUGGGGAUCCCUAGAAAAGAACUAGGUAUCACCGGCACCGUUUUGUUCGCUCUGCUCUGGACAACACCUCAUGCAGAAACACGUGUGUACCCAAGACUGAUUGAAGGUAGGGCUGAUGACGGCGACUUGUUGCUGAACAUCCAUACGGGCCUGACUCUUCACCUUUGCAAAAGUUCAAUACUCGCAAGAGACUUCGUCCUUACAUCAGCCUCUGGCACUGAAACACACAGCAUAAUCCUGAACGGGCCGGAACUCGAGCACGACUUGUACCACGACACGGAGCACCGUUCUUCGAUUAUCGUGAGGCGAAAGGAAAACGGCGUGGAGGUGAGAGGAGUCUUGAACGAUCACCUCAGGAUUACGCCGGCUGUUCUUUCGCAACGUUCUGAUGAAGGUCUCAUUCCUCAUGAUGUAUUUACAGUCGAAGAAAGAUCAAGCACUCCUGCGAAUUCAUCUGGACUUUCUGCGAGUGAUACGUGCGCAAAGGACCACACGAAAAGUGCUGGCAAGUACAUACUGUAG